AUGGAGGACCCACAGUCCCAAUCAGGUCUCUGUAGGGGGGUGGAAACUAGGGUGAUUUCCUUUCACAUCCUCUUGUCCACCACAGCUCCCAACUUUGACAGAAGCCAGUGGCUGAGUGAGAAGUUCAAACUGGGCCUGGACUUCCCCAAUCUGCCCUACUUAAUCGAUGGGUCACACAAGAUCACCCAGAGCAAUGCCAUCCUGCGCUACCUUGGCCACAAGCACCACCUGUGUGGGGAGACAGAGGAGGAGAGGAUUCGUGUGGACAUCUUGGAGAACCAAGCCGUAGACACUCGUAGGCAGCUUGCAAUGGUCUGCUACAGCCCUGAGUUUGAGAAACGGAAGCCAGAGUACUUAGAGGGUCUCCCUGACAAGAUGAAGCUCUACUCUGAGUUCCUGGGCAAGCGGCCAUGGUUUGCAGGGAACAAGAUUACCUAUGUGGAUUUCCUUGUUUAUGAUGUCCUUGAUAAGCACCGUAUGUUUGAGCCCAAGUGCCUGGAUGCCUUUCCAAACCUGAUGGACUUCAUGGCUCGAUUUGAGGCCCUUGAGAAGAUCUCUGCCUACAUGAAGUCCAGCCGCUUCCUUUCAGGCCCUGUGUAUUUGAAGACAGCGCUGUGGGGUAACAAGUAGAGCGCCGUAAUACCAGGGCCAGGAGGAGAUUUACCUCCAUGCUUGCGGUCCACGGUCUGGGGCCCAUCUGCGUCCCCGGGUAUCUCUGUAUCAGUCUUCCCACCUCUGUUCUCCUCUGAAAGGUGUUAGUGACUCCCCUUUCUACCCAGCCUCUCUGUAAGGGGAGGUUCUCAAACUCAGGUCUAGUUCCCUAAUUGGUUCUUGAUGUGUCAAUAAAGAAGGCUAGGAGCCAAUUGCUGGGCGGAAGUUAUACGUGGGACUUCCGGGUCCCAAGAGAAAAAGGAGAUUCAGGGAAAGAUAGAGGGGCUUUUUCUGCUGUGCUUCCGAGUAAGAAGGUAACAGUCAUGUAAGGUCUUCCGGCAGCUAGGGCCUGUGGCCUCUGCAACAGGCAGACAGCCAAGGAUGCUGGCAGGGGCUGGCUGAUACAAGUCACUAAGUUUAGGGCAGAGGGAGAUGAAGAUAAUAAACUGGUAAGAGCACGCCUUUCCAGGCCGUUGUUAUCUGAGCCCAGCAAUUGUGCCUAGCAGGCAAAUUCUAAAGUAAUAAAGCUGUCUGUGUGUCUUUUA